UCAUGGGAAAUUUUCAGUGUUUCUAACUGAAAGUAACAUAAAUGUUUAACGCGAGGGCGGUGCAGUUUUUCGUUAAAGCGAACCACAUAUCAGUAAUCCGGUGCAAUUUAAGUUUGACGUAAAUAUGUGAAAAUAAACAGUUUUGUACAGAAAUUCAAGGUACGCAGAAUAUGGGCCUAAACGCAGCUGUACAAGCUUUAAAGAAAGCUGAGCCCUUGAAGGACAAAGUACAACGUUGCCAAGAUCUUUUAAACGAUAGUGACGCAUGGGUUUGCCAGCAACAGCUGCAGAAAAUAUAUCAACAAGUUCUAAUAUUGGAUUUGGAAUAUGCUUUAGACAGGAAAGUCGAGCAGGAACUGUGGAACCUAGGAUUUAAAAAUUAUAUAGCAACUUUACAAUCUCAAGCAAAAGAUAGGAAAAAUCCUAAACGUGGAGAAUCUCAGGCGUUACUUAGCUGGUGUUUGGAAGCAGCUAGUGGUUUUUAUUUGACGUUAUUACAAGAAAUUUGUACCGCAUUUGAUCUGGAUUUGCCAUUUAGAAGGAAGGGCUACAUUUACGGAUGUACAUCACCAUGGAAAGCUAUUGAAAAAUUAUCAGUGCCUCAUAAAUCUUCAUGUUUUUACGCAUGCCAAUAUUGCCUUGUGCAUUUAGGGGAUAUUGCUCGUUAUAGAAACGAGAGCAAACAAGCGGAAUUGUUCUACAGGCAUGCUGUAUCAUUGUCACCAUCCAGUGGACAGCCGUACAAUCAGUUAGCACUUCUUGAAGCGUCACGUGGUAACAAAUUGGCAACUGUGUUUUAUUACACGCGAUCUGUCGCUGUAAAACAUCCUUUCCCCGUUGCCACAACGAACCUGGCGAAAACGUUAUCCUCCGCUUUGAACGAUACGUCGCUGAAUAUAGAUGGGAAAACGAAAUUAACUUCUCAAGAAUACGUGGCAGUUUUUCUGAAACUUCACGGUGUUAUUCACAAUCUCGGCGAUUUAAAAGUUGCUUCGGCGUAUGCGAAAUUAUUGACUGAGACGUUGACGGCUUUAGUUGCCACGGAAAGUUUUAGCUCAUGGAUGCUCGUUCAAAUGUUUGUGAUUAAUUUGUACGCUUUGGAACAUACAACAAAUGUCGUCGUGGGUAGCGCCGAACCACUGAAACACGAACAAUUAACAUCUGACGAAAAGCUCGCUCGUGAUUGUAUUUUGGAUCUCAUAGCUGGAAGCCUAUCUGCUUUGUUGUUACCUGUUUAUACAAUCAAAAAUUCUAUUAUCGAGUAUUUCGCUUUGCCUUCUAUAAAACUGUGCCUUGAUUGGAUCCAUACGAAACCGACAGUUCUGGAAGAACUGGCUUUUACGUCGAGACUCCAAAUCUGGCCCAGCUUGUGCGUAUUGUUGAACGCCUUGCAAAAUUGCGUGGCUGAUUUCUCGUAUGAUCAAUACGUUAAGGUACCACUGCCAGAGGAUCGUGAUCUACAAGGAUUCCUGCCGCUGGAGAAAAGCUUCGAAUCGUUGAAAUUUACGAGCACCGAUUUAGAGGAUAAUAUCGAGGCUUCUAACAAAUUACGCGCAGUUCGUAUUCUUCGUUUGGGCCAUUGCUUGGCGCAAUACAAAAUCAAUGGUACCGCGUUAAUUGCCAUUACGUUGGGAGGAGAGAAGGGUGACAACAGGUUCAGUUCCAUAAGCGAAGGGAAUGGAUUGAGUAACGAAUUGAUGAAAGAAUUGGAAGAGCUGAGUUUAAACAAAGAAAGACAGUCGGCUGUGUCUACUAGCCCGGUUCUCUCAGAAUCAGCCAGCAGCAAAGGUUCCACGGACGUCGAUAUGUUGGAUCACGGCUUUGACAAGAGGAUAGGCAUCUUGAAGCCUCAAGGCUCGUUGGAGCGAAGUAAAGACACGGCCUCGAUCACUGCCGCGGAAUCCGGCGCUUUCGAGACGAACGUGCAACCAGCAACAAGGAAACCAAGGCAGAACAUAGCGAUGCAAACGAUAAUGCGACGUGCUGAAACCGAGCAGAAGCAGGUGACGUUCAAGAAUUUGUCUCCGUUGAACGUGGAAGAGGAGAAUGAGAAAAAAGUUAAAGCGAGUGGAACGUCGGUGAGUCCGAUAAAAGGUGCUCCUACAAAUGGGAAUAAAAACUUAUCAGUUGCUGGAGAAAUGUCGAAGUUGAGCGGUGCUCCAAGCGCCACUUUGGGUACGCAAGUCACCGUUCAAAACCGAUUGCCGUUAAUGCCUUCUGCCACAAUUGCUAUGCAAAGUCAAAUCGUUUCCACCCAAAGUCAAGUGAAACCCGCGAAAUCACAGCAUGUUGUUUCACCGUCGCAACCCACCCAGAUUAAUCAUUUCCCUGCGAAAGAGCAACAAGCGUCCGGGAUUCCAACUCCGAUUCCAACUCCGAUUCCAACUGGAAUGUCUCAGUGCGUAGGAGCUAUUUGUUAUCAAAACCCAACGUUCAACGUACAGAAUCCGCAAUUCACGAAGAACUACGUCACCAAUCAUAUUGGAAACCUAUCGAAUUACCCGGUUCAAGGACGUUUUGCUAGUUCGACACAGCAACCGAUGCAGCCGCAGAGCAUAAGUUUACAACAUACAACCAAUCAGAGUAGAUCCAUGCACCAGAGACCACAAACCCACAACGUACUCCAAAAUACGUUGCUACAUCAAAAUCUUGGAUUGCUGGCUUCAGCUCAACCAAAUAAUGUUAUGCCAAAUGCCUCGCAGAACAUCAACUCUCAACAAAAUAGAAAUAUUGGUUUGCAGCAAAAUCGUAAUUUGAGUGCUCAGCAGAAUCACAGCUUGACUAUGCAGCAAAAUGUCGCGAAGUCUAAUCUUAGAUCCAACACAAUGUCUUUACAUAAUCAAGGUACUUUGACCAAUCCAACUAUUGCAAAUGUUUCUACUUUAUCAACGUUGAAUACAUAUCAGAAGAAACUUCAUCAAGUUGCUCCUAUGAUACCGAGCGCGUCAAGCGUGCCGGGCAACUCGCUGAAUCCCACAACUACGUCGAAUUUUCAAUAUAACUUCAAUCAGAAUGAAUUCAAUCAAAAUGCCUUCGGUCAAGUAUCGCAGAAACAACUCCCCUCGUCGGCGUACAACAAGAACUCGGACGUUUUGGAAUUCUCGUUGCCCAAUCACUUGGGAAUGUCGAAAAAUCAGUCGCAGCCUGCAACUAGUUACCCGCCUUUUCAAAACUACGAGCCCACGAAUUUCAACUUGUGGAAGGAUACUCAGCACUCGCAACUUUCUGUACCUUGCUGGGGUUCGGCCGGUAGAGGCAUGCAGUUACACAAUGAAGACACGCCUGUCGCGGAAAACUACCGCAAUUGGGAAGAUUCUUCUAAUUCUGGAAACGUAGUAUCGCAAAUCCCAUUGAGAACUUCGAAUAAUUAUCCAUCGGAUUCUCAGCACACCAAGCAAUUUAGCAGUGGAAGUAACUUCGAAAGUCCUAGGCCUUUAGAGGUAGACAUCAAAUCAAAUCAAUCGAUCAGCACAGGAAACACCUAUUCUCUGUUCAGUAGUAGCAAUGCAUGGGGAUCUAAUGCACAGAGUUGCAACGUGUCGAAUCAAGAUCAAACGAAAACUCGUCUUAAUCAACAGUCUUUGUGGUUCGGGCCUGGACCGUCUCCCUUGGAACGGCUUUUGGAACAGCAGAAAUCAUUACGCGAGGGAGGUACCUGAAGGAAAGCAAUAUAAGAUUAUGUCGAAACAUUGAAUAUUGAAAGCAAAAUAUAUCCAAAUUUUGGAUUCAACUAACCAAGGGGAUAUAGACAAAAUGUAUCAUAAUAAAUUCCAUCGAUCGUUUGACGAAACUGUUAAAUUUGUCACGGAACAAAAAUUAGUGAAAAGUUUCGUAGACGUUUAGGUGUUCGUUGUAUAAAACGAACAACACAUACGUCCAAAGCGUUAUGAAACGCGCUAUAUAUAAAAAAAAAAAAAAAAAAAAAAAAAAAAAAAAACGCAUAGAUGUUAAUUACUUACAUUAAUUGUUGCGCGCAUAAUAGAAAAUGAAUUUACACUGGUAGUAACUAUUGCGCGGUGGAGUUUAAGAAACAAAAAAAGGAGAAAAAAAGGAAAAAAACAAAGAAAUAUUCUUUUUCUUUCUUCUCAGUUUAUUCAAACGUACGUUCAGUUUGUGUCAGUUUAUGUCAGGAUUGAUACUCCAUGAUAAAAUAAUUAAUAACAGUACCGUAUAUAAACCGUAUCAUACGUUAACGUAUUGACUACACAAGUUUAAAGGUACACACUUCGCGAAAGUCUUUCAAUUUAUUUUGUUAAAAUUAUGUACAACUUAUUGUUUCUAAGUAUUGACUUCAUAAAACAGAAGGAAAGAAACGAAGAGAGAUGCAUACACAAUGUACGAAAAAAUAUAUAUCUUUUCUUAUGUCUUUUUAUCAACGAGGGAAACAAUAUAUUUAUAAAUUUUUAGGUUGAAAUUGAAUAAAAUAGUAUAAAAUAGCACGUAUGUACAAUAUAGUGAAAAUGAAAAGAAAAAUUCGUUGUGACAAAUGUAAAAAAUAAUUUUGUUAAAAAGCAGAAGUUACUUUCCAUUAUUUCUGGAUUUUUCAGGCAACAUUAAACUUUAAUGCAGAUGAUUUAACAAUUUGUGACACUCUACAUUAAAAUGCUGUUACAAAUUGAAAAUAAUAUAAUGACGCAAAGUAAAAUGUAUAUAUUACACAAUGUACUUAUAUAAUUAUUUAAAAGAAAAAAAAAUUCUAUAAUGUAUUAAUGCAUAUUUCUCGAAUUUCAAUAUAUUUGAAAGAUUAUUAAGGUAUCUUAAAUUUGACUUAUUAUUAAUGUACAUUUAAAUAAUUUGCUUUUUGUCGAAUGUAGCAUCUCUUUGUUUAUGUGAAGAGAAAGAUGGUUCUUCCCAUCUUCUACGGAGGCACGGUAUUAGCUAUUUCGAAUACACACAAAUAAUUAACGCGAAUAUCAAUAAAUUCAUUUUAAUUGAA